GGUUGAGUGUAGGGGAGGGGAAUUCCAGGCAGUUGAAGCUGAGCACGUUGUUCUCUGACAUUCUUCAGCGUUAGGAAUGUGUUGGGCACUUCAGGGACCUGCUCGUUCUGUGAAAAGUUGUGCUCUUACCCGUGCUUUAUAUUCUCACUCAGUGUGCCGGUCAAAUAAAAGUCCCUGGGUCUGUCUGACGUGUUCAAGUGUCCAUUGUGGAAGAUAUGUGAACGGCCAUGCAAAAAAGCAUUACGAAGAUGCACAGAUUCCUAUCACCAAUCAUAAGAAAACAGAAAAGCAGGAGAAGGUUCAGCAUACUGUGUGUAUGGAUUGCAGUAGUUACAGUACAUACUGUUAUCGCUGUGAUGAUUUUGUAGUCAAUGAUACCAAGCUGGGCCUGGUACAGAAGGUCAGAGAGCACCUACAGAACUUGGAAAAUUCAGCCUUUACAUCAGAUAGACAUAGGAAAAGAAAACUAUUGGAAAACUCAUCUCUGAACAGCAAGUUAUUGAAAGUAAAUGGAAGCACCACUGCCCUUUGUGCCACAGGCCUUCGGAACCUGGGGAACACUUGUUUCAUGAACGCCAUCCUGCAGUCGCUCAGUAACAUUCAGCAGUUUUGCUGUUACUUCAAGGAGUUGCCUGCGGUGGAGCUGAGGAACGGGAAGACGGCAGGGCGGCGAACUUACCACACCAGGAGCCAGGGAGAUAACAAUGUUUCACUUGUGGAAGAAUUCAGAAAGACACUCUGUGCUUUAUGGCAAGGAAACCAAACAGCAUUUAGUCCAGAGUCAUUAUUUUACGUUGUUUGGAAAAUAAUGCCAAAUUUUAGGGGAUACCAGCAACAGGACGCCCACGAGUUCAUGCGAUAUCUUUUGGACCACCUACACCUGGAACUCCAGGGUGGCUUCAAUGGUGUUUCACGUUCAGUAAUCUUGCAAGAAAAUUCUAACCUGUCUGCAAGCAACAAAUGUUGCAUAAAUGGAGCAUCUACUGUUGUCACUGCCAUUUUUGGAGGCAUUCUUCAAAAUGAAGUCAACUGCCUAAUAUGUGGGACUGAAUCUAGAAAGUUUGACCCAUUCCUAGACCUUUCGCUAGAUAUUCCAAGUCAGUUCAGAAACAAACGUACUAAAAACCAGGAGAGCGGACCAAUGUGCACGCUACGAGAUUGUCUUCGCAGUUUUACAGACCUGGAAGAACUUGAUGAGACAGAGCUGUACAUGUGUCACAAAUGCAAAAAGAAACAGAAGUCCACCAAAAAAUUCUGGAUUCAGAAACUACCAAAGGUGCUAUGCUUACACUUGAAACGCUUUCACUGGACAGCGUAUCUGAGAAACAAGGUUGAUACCUAUGUUGAGUUUCCCUUGCGAGGCCUAGACAUGAAAUGCUACUUGUUAGAGCCUGAAAACAGUGGCCCAGAGAGCUGCCUGUAUGACCUGGUGGCUGUGGUGGUGCAUCACGGCUCAGGCGUUGGCUCUGGCCACUACACGGCAUACGCGGCGCACGAGGGCCGCUGGUUCCACUUCAACGACAGCACUGUGACCCUGACGGACGAGGAGACCGUGGGCAAGGCCAAGGCCUACAUCCUCUUCUAUGUGGAGCGCCCAGCCAAGCCUGCAGCAGAGAAACUUUAAUACCUCCUUUGCAUUCUUACUUACCAAGUCCACCGGACAAACAUUUCCAUUUUUUCCAUAAAUACUUGAUCCAAGACUUAUUAAUUUCAUUGUGCACUUUGCAAUUUCCUCUUGUGGGUUUUUGUUUUGUUGUGUCAAUGGUAGCAUUUGACUUACUGAACUUGGACACAAACUAACUUUUUUUUUAGUUAUACCAGAAAACCUCAGCAGAUUUUGAUUUGCUGCUUUAGUUGUGAUAACUCAAUUUUUAUAUAUAUAGUUUCAUGAAAUAGUUAUUUGACUUUUUUAUAUUAAUUUUUUCAGUUCUCACUUUCUAAAGGCACAUUUACAUCAAAGAAACUCUGUCCUCCUUACAAGCAAGAUAAAUGUGCUUUUGAUCAUGAAGAGCAAUACAACUCUGUGCUGUUCUCAGUCCUGUUACGUAGAUACGAUUUAAUCUCUUUAUAUUGAGGAAUUGUUUGCACGUACUAUUUUCCUUUGUGCAAGAAACUUAAACAGUGACCUCUGACCAAUCAUCCUUUGUCUGCAGAAGAGAGGCGAUGUGGCAUUCUUAAAUAGACCAGGUAAUUGCUGCUAUAUUGGUUUGUAUUCAGGCUGGUGACUUUCAGGAAUCAUUGUAAAUAAACAGUUGGUUCGAUUCUAUCAAUACUGCAAUUUAAUUCAAGUUCUGCUCAGAUAUGCUCUGCCCCCUUCAGAUUUUAAACAAUUAUCUUUAAAUUACCUAUCUAAAUUAUGUUGAGCUUUACGGUUUUUUUAACUGAACCUAAAUUGCAUUGGACAUCUCUUGGUUUAGACUGUCAUCCUAAAAUUUGAUUGUGAACAUUUACGUACUUGAAAACUGGGGAACCUUCUUGGCAGUAGAAUCCUAAGUAGAAGCCCUUAGUUCCUGGUGGGAGUUGGAAGUGCAGCCCCAAGGGCUGGGGUUUGUGAGAACAGGCUUAGGUCUAAAGGCAGCUCUGCUCCAUGGCUACAGUUGACUUGGAAGCGGGAGGAGACAGGUGGUGCUGCAGGUGCUUUGCAUGGAAUUGUUGUGUCAGUUCAAAUGCAAACUCAAGGGAGGAUGCUCAGUCUCUCACAGCAGAGCCCUGAGAGGGGAGGGCCAGGCCAAGUGCUUGUGACUGUAGCAGGUUCAGGGAGCCUGAACUCGGGGAGUUCCUGAGGCAUUUACACGCUGGCCCAGACUGCAUUUUUGUUCAGUCUCUAGGUGAACACCGUGGCCACGGUGCAGUUUCUAAAACCUGGCUAUGCAAUGGAGAAAGCCUAUUCUAGAAAAACCCAAACCAGUUUUAGCUUUACUGCUGGUGAGUGGAAGUCAGCUACUAUGGUGGGAAAGGCAGACAGGAAAAUACUGCAAAAGCCAGGAAUCUGACAGAAAAUGUGAAAUUGCAGAAAUAUUGCAUUUCAGAUCUGUUCCCCCAGUCUGUCCUUUCUAGCUGGUUCCCUUGUGCCAAGCAAGGAGCUGGGCACGCUCCUGAAAACUCAGUAAGAGGAGAAUACAGUUCGUGGAGAGUCCCAGCACCAGAAGAGCAGCUCUUAGUUGUGUUAACAGAAAAUGCAGUUGUCUGAAGCACACAAGAACUCCAGCUGUGAGUCCCAUAAUGCCCCUCGAAGGACAUGGGAGGGCUGGAGGGGAGCCCAGAGCAGCCAGGGGCACAGAGAGUGACAGCAGUGCCUUGCCCUGGGGUAAGGACAAAUCACAGUCACACCUUUGGUACAGGGCCAUUCUUCACAGCUUUGUCACAGCAUCUUACACCAGGAAAGGAGAAAAUGGCUUAAUCUAAAACUGCAGCAAUUGUUCAGCAUGGCUAAUGGGAUUUGAAUAUGUACACAGGUUAAGACUAUAAAGUUAUUAUUAGAUACAGUGACAUAAGGAUGUUGUCUUUUAGUUAAGUUGAAUAGGAAAUAGAACUUGUCAUUGCUUUAAACUCUAGGUAGUUUGUCACCUUCCCUUCCUUACAGGCAGAGCCUUUCUUCUAAUCAGCGAGAAUAGGUUGCUGAUCUUGCACCAGCAGAAAGCAGGGCAGGUAAAGCACUGUCCCACAUUGCUGCCCUUCCUGCUGCUCAUAGGGAGCAGCAGAGAAGCCACCUCUAGCUGUGUUUUCUCAGCAUGCUGCUUGAACUGGAUUGCUUUAGAAUUUACCUUUGAGAAUGCCAGGCUUAAAAUACACAACUAUUUCUGGGCCAGCAACAGUUUUAACUUAAAGUAAUCAGGUGUAUGCAGUGUUCUUGCAAAACAGUGAUGUAAAUGUGCCUUUCUGCAUUUUUAGAAAUUUAUAUUUGUAGUCUUCAGCAACAUUCACUUAUUUCAAUCAGCUUCUACUUGUCAGCAAUUGUUUGGGUCAGAGUUAUGUUCUCACAUGAGCAUUUUCUUUCAGUGCAUUGGCUGUGUCCCAUCCAGCUCCUGGGCAGUGGUAUCUCCAGCAGGGCCAUGUGGGGCUGCCUGGGAACAUGAUGCAAUCACAGCAGGCUGUCUUUGCAGCAGGUGCUGCUCACAACUCAGCCAUAUGCUUUGCUGGAACAAGUACAUUGCAAAUCCUUUCCUAAUUUAACUUUCUCCCACUGCAAACCCAGAUGGACAGAAUGAACAGUUUGUUGUGGCAACACAAGUAUUUCUCUUCCUGGUGGAGAACUUUGCUUAUCCACUGUAUUCUAUUCAGUGUGGUGUCAAAAAAAAAAAAAAAAAAAAAAA